AUGGCGCCUGUCUGGCUCCUCAUCCUCGGCCUCGCCGCCCUUUGCAGUGCUCUACCUACCUUCUCUGAAGACCUCCCUCCCGUACUCGACAACUUCAGCAUCUCAUCCAUUCCCACCAACGCCACGCCCGGAUUCUCUGUUCCAUGGCAGAAGACCAAGUUCCAAUUCUUCGGCCAGACUGAGGCUUGCUACUGGAAGUUCUCGUCCCAAGUCAACGCGGCCCUCACUGACGCCAUCGCCAUUGCGUCUAGCAUUGAUGUUAACUUUGCGCAYGAUCACCCCAUCAUCGAGGACUAUUUCAAGCUCGAACCGUCGAGGAAGAGCCUGGGAGUUGACUCUAACAAGGUUCGCGAGCAGAUCAAGGCAAACUUCGUUCGUCUCCAGGACACAUUCAAAAACCAGGCGACUGAUGACUGGUUUGCGCGCGCGGUCCUCAUCACCUGCGGCGACACGGAUGACAUCAAGAUUCCAGGAACCGACGGAUGUAACAGUCCAAACGUCAAGGCCCAUGUCGUACUCCCUGCAAAUUCCCACUACGACUUCCCUAUCAUCUCUCUCUGCAACGCUUUUUUCGGCAUGGACAGUCUCGCAAUAGUCAAUGGCAGAAUUGCUCAAUUUCCCUACCUUGCCUUUGAUGCGACCAACUACAUCUCACAGGGCACCGCUAUGCUCCACGAAAUGCUUCAUCUCCCAUGGCCAGGUGUCGUCGCAGGCAUCUCGAACCCCACAGCAGUCGACAAGAUAAUCUACGGCCUCCAACGCGACAAAAAACUCGGUGUCGUGAUGUACGGCCCAGCAAACGCCAAGCAGCUCGCGAAGGCCUCCACAGGCGGCGCGGACGUUGCCGUAAGAAACGUCGACAAUUUCGUCUAUGCCGCCGUUGCCAGCUAUGGCGGCAAGAAGUACAAUGUCAAAGUCGACCAACCCGCCGCGGCCUGGACAUUCGUUCCCAAGCUGGAAAUCACUGACGAGGAUGCCGCUGGGAAGUUCGUUGGAGAUGGUGCGGAUGUCCAGGACGAGUUUACUCUCGAGCGGAGCGGCGUGAGGGAUCUUCCGGAGUCGUACUAUCGCGUUGAACCCGAACAAUUGCUCUCACAGGCUCAGAUCGAUGAGAUUUUUGGUUAG